AUGGACUCAGACUCGGACUUCUACGGUGACAAAGACGAGGUGCAGGACCUCGAAGCACGCCUGUCAUCCUUUAGCCCAGCCAACUACUGGCAGAGCCGCUCUAUCACCAAAACGGCUUCACCAGCAGCUACUAUUACUACUACUACAACAACAACAACAACAAAAACAACAAAAAUGAAACAAGAACCCAGCUCUCCACCUCCCCUCGCCCCCGCCACCACCUCCAGCAGCCUGCACAACCCUUACGAGGGCCGCACGGCUUGCGCCAAGCAGCUGAGCGAGACCACCCAGUCCUUCCUAGACCGUCUCCCACCCUCCACGACAGACGCCGUCCCGGGCAUCCUCCCCUGGAUCUACGUCGCCAACCCGUACAUCCCGCGCGCGGAUCGUGGCGGCGAGGAGGCGCCCGAGGAGUUCGGGGCCGAGGUCGGCAGGUUUGUCGAGGGCGGCGGGGCGAGGCUGGAGAUGUUUGGGGAUCUGCUGCGGGAGGUGGAGGAGAAGGCGGGCGGUGGCGGCCAGGGCCAGGGCCUGAGCGGCGGCGGCGGCGGCGGCGGGGGGUUCUUUGGGGGCCCGUCGAGGGCGGUGGUGAAUAGGGAGGUUGCGAAGCAGAGGGAGGCGUGUGUGAAUGAUCUGUUGAUGCUGGCCAAUGUGUUGAGGGUGCGGACGGGAAAGUGGAUGCUCUUCAUCGAUCCCGCCUACGUCGACAGUGUCUGGGCCACGGUGGUGCAGGCAACCGUUAGAAACGAGCUCGGCAUCGCGGCCAAGGUCGCACCCCGCGAGCACAGGGGCUCGACCAGGUCCCGGCUCAUCUGCAUCUACACGUACGACUUUGGCGACCGGGACGACGUCGCCCGCGUGCUGAACCGCAUGAGGCAGCUAGAGCUCGUGCGUACCGGCCCCAGGCGCCAGCAGGUCUACUAUAAGACAGCUCUCCCCGUGACUGACUCGCGAUUUAUUCUUGUCUUGAUCCGAAUAGAUGCGUGGACUUAUCUGGGAAUCGGCGCCGACAAUCCCUGGGGCCUGAGGGCCUCACUCUACAGCUCCAACGACAUCUUCACGUACAUUAAGGAGAAAGACGGCACAGUCCUGGAUAGGAUGGUCAAGAGGGAGAAGGGCCCCGCCGCCCUGGAGAAAGUGAUCAAGGAGGAGGAGGAAUUUGACGGCGGAGGGUGGACAUUCUAG